GUCUUUUUUUCUGACGAGCGGUAGCGAUAGACGCGAGACAAAACGAAGAAGUGAGAAAAAUUUUUUGUUCGUGAAAUUCCAUAAAAGUUCAAAACUUCAAAAGUUGAAAACAUAGUAAAUGUGGAUUUAGUUUGGACUAAAGUGUAAAAACACUAAAGAAAUUUUAAGAAACGAUCUAACAGUGAGUGAAUUGUUUAAAGCCAGAAAAUUGUUAAGUUGUAGUGACUAUAUGUCCAGGCGUUCAUCUGUCAAAGCCGUGCAACACAGGCACGAGUUCAGUGAGGAGGAGGACGACGAAGAGGAGCGCUCUCUGCGUCGCAAUAUGUAUUCAUCCGGGGAUUUGGGCAUGGGCAGCGGUGUGCCCGCCUUUCUGGCCAAGCUGUGGCGCUUGGUAGACGACACCGAAACCAAUCAUUUGAUUUUUUGGACGAAGGAUGGCCACAGCUUCGUCAUACAAAACCAGGCGCAAUUCGCGAGGGAACUGCUGCCCCUCAACUACAAGCACAACAACAUGGCCAGCUUUAUCAGGCAGCUGAAUAUGUAUGGAUUCCACAAGAUCACAUCGAUUGAGAAUGGGGGCUUGCGUUUCGAUCGCGAUGAGAUCGAGUUCUCCCAUCCGUUCUUCAAGCGCAACUCUGCCCAUCUGCUGGACCAAAUAAAACGAAAGAUAUCCAACAACAAGAAUGUGGAUGACAAGGCGGUGCUGAAGCCGGAGGCUGUGUCCAAGAUAUUGAACGAUGUGAAGGUUAUGCAAGGUCGGCAGGACACCAUGGACUCGCGCUUCUCGGCCAUGAAGCAGGAGAAUGAAGUGCUGUGGCGGGAGAUCGCUAGUCUCCGGCAGAAGCAUUCAAAACAGCAGCAGAUAGUUAACAAAUUGAUACAGUUCCUCAUUUCGAUCGUGCAGCCAUCAAGGAAUAUGUCGGGAGUGAAGCGGCACAUGCAGCUUAUGAUCAAUGACUCGCCGGAAAACGGACGCGCGCGUACUACCAGCGAAACGGAGAGCGAUGCGGGCAGUGGCCCAGUUAUACAUGAACUCAGCGAGGAGCUGCUCGACGAAGUGAUGAAUCCCAGCACCGGUCAAUAUGACCAGGAGAGCGUCUCUCCACAGUCCGUUGAGCGGCCACAGUCGAUAAGCUUUGAUUACUCCAAUCAGAGCGUCGAGGACUUGCUCCGGACUAACAAUGGAGCGGGAGGAGGAGGAGGUGCUGCCGCCGGCAGCCUGCUGCAAGUGGGAGCCGGAGCUGCCUCCCCUCUGGCCUCUAGCUUGAGUCAUUCGCCGGCUGAACAAAUCGCUUACACAGUGACUGAGCUCCCGGAUGCUCAUGUCCCGGAGGUGUCCAGCAGUCCUGUCUACACCGAUGAGCAUAAUGUGCUUACGCCCCUGGUGCGUGAACAGCAGCGCGAGGAGGAGCGCAAGCGGCAGCAGCUCAAGGAGAAGAACAAACAGCGGCGGCAGACAGGGGAUCAGAUGAUCUCAGCCAACGCCAUUUCAGUCGAUGAAGCGUCUCCCAAGACUGUGCGCACACGCUCCCAGCUUAAGACGACUUCACAGCUCAAUGUGAUGCCGCAGCCUGUAUUUAUCAAGACAGAGCCCGAACCCGAUUCCGGAUUGCUAGACCUGAUGAAUGGCACUGACUCGGACAUGUACAACGUGAACUUUAUCACCGAAGAUAUGCCGUCGAAUAUAUUUGAGGACCCCUCAAUGCUCUCCACUGAUCUGGGAGAGGUUGACAAGCUGAAUCAGCAGCAGACAUUCGGCAAGUCCACAGUCAGCAGUGGAAAGUUUUCCAGCAACUUUGAUGUACCCAUAAGCGGCAGCAGCAGCAGCAGCAACUCUCUGCUAGACGCCAAUCAGGCAUCCACAUCGAAGGCAGCGGCGGCCACAAAGGCCACAGCAUCAGCCACUGAGGGCGAGGCAGCAGCAAUGGCUUUGGCCAAGUAUGCUGGCGAAAACAGUGCUGUUCGGGAGGGGAGCAAUGGUCCUCUGAUGAGGAUUAAUUCAGUGUUAGUAGCUGAGAAGCCUUUAUUAGUCACCAGAGCGGUAGACUAUAAUCUAGAGGCCAUUUCCCCUUCUUACUGUUGCAGUGACGAUGUCCACGGGCAUUUGGAUAAUGUGCAAGAUGAGCUAGAGACCCUCAAGGAUUUGCUGCGUAGCGAUGGCGUCUCCAUCGAUCAGAACAUGCUCUUGGGUGCUCUUUCCAGGACGUCCAUUUUGCAGCUGACUGAAGACGACCAGUUGAUAAAGCUCUUCAAUGACUCGGAACUUCUGGACACCUAUGGCCUAUCGUUUCCCACUGAUAGCAUAAGCGGUGAAAAGAAAGCUUCGAGUGGCUCGGAAAUGAUGGCCUACCAGCCCAGCCCGUACGACCUUUCCGACAUACUUGACACUGACGAUAAUGAAAAGAGCCAGGAGCCCAUCAGUCGUCAGUUGUUUCAGACGCAGAGUUCUGUAUUGAACACACCGCGUCACGAUUUUUAAACGUAGAAUUGAGAGAAGACUUGAAUCAGCUAUUACACGGAUGCUCAGAAAGUGAACAAAAAAGUUUUUUUAAGUUUUCUAUGUGUUGAUUAUCUCUUAUACCCAUUAGUUGAUCUAUAUUUGUUAAUCAUAUUAAUAUUCAUUUCAUUCAUGUCUGUGUAUGUAUGUGCCUUCUGCACUAUAUAUUAAAUAUAUAGCCCUAACCUUAAGCCUAAUUCUAACCACGAACCCAAUCUAGUUAUAUAGACUAAAAGAAGAACCAGUUAAUAUUUACGAAAUUCAAUUUUUUAAUCGGUGAAAAGUGUGAGAGCCACCCACACCCACGUGGGUCUCUCUUGUAGGUAAAUUUUCGCUAAACGAAGAUUAACCAAAUUAAAUCUUACUCUGAUUUGUAUACAAAGGUAUAAGAGCAUCAUCUUUUUUUUGUAGUUUAUACGCUUUACAAACACUACUUUUAAAUAUUGGAAUAAUAAAAUACAAACUACUCUGUGCUGACUCCACGCAAGCAGCAAAUGAAA